AAGGUAGGUUAUUUAAAAUCCCCAUUUUCCAGCGCAACGUCCGAUCAAUCUUUCGCAAUUAAUCCAUGUGCUCACUCAUUUUCCGUUUUUACAAAUUUGUCCUAUUGCGACGACUGCAACAUCGUUCAUGUGUAGCGAUGAGACUACGCCCAUUUGCGUGCGCGAGGUGGACGUCCUGUACUUAGCGCGUUCAGCGCGUUGGCCCACAUUUAUUCAGCGACUCAUUUAUGUGUGAACGUAUCUGUUCGUUUGUCCGCUCAUCCGCUUGCUCAAAAUGCGGGACAGCGUGGACGUAACAACUCUGCUGGAAAAAUACACUUUGAACUUUCUUACUUCCCUGCUGGAAAAUAAGAAGCAAAAAAAAGUUUUGUCAAAGGGGAAAAUUCUUGAAAUGGCGAGACUGUUCUGCAUCAUCGAAAUCGUUUCGAAAAAUUUAAAGGACAAUAUGCAUUCCACAUUGAGACAAAUAUUUUACACAAACCCACAGUUGUUCAUUUCGCAAAAAGUUUCAAAUGUAACAAUUGGAAAGUUAACAAAAAUUGUAAAAAUUCCAAGAGAGUUGCUAAACAUUUAUAAUUCCCCCAAAGGAAUAAUCAGAGGAAAUGUUUUCCUCCGGGAAAAAAAUUCAAGCCCAUGGGUUGACUGCAUGAGUAUUUUUGAAACGAGAGGGCACUUGAUAUGCCCCUUUGGAGUCUCCGAUAUAAAAAUUUCGCCUGACGUGAAAUACGUCCUAAUAGUGGAAAAGGAGACGAUUUUUUUUAGGCUGCUUCAAUCGGAUUUCAUUUCGAAUUAUGGGCCCUGCAUUAUGAUUACGGCCAGAGGGUUCCCAGACCUCAACACCCGGCAACUCCUUUACGAAAUCCGCAGAUGCAACGCAGGCUUGAAGAUUUUCUGUCUCACCGAUUACGAUGCUUAUGACGUAGACGACGUAUCAAUUGAUAAUUUAUGCUGGCUGAAUUUGUUCCCCCCGGAGGAAGGGCUUCAAAAAAAAGUUUUGAAAGAUAUUGAUAUAAGUAAACUGACCUUAAGGGACAUCCGGAUGCUGGACAACUUUUGCGAGACAGUAAAAAGUAGCAGCAAAUUCCGCGCCUCUGAAAUUAUCGCGUGGACGGAAUACGCUAACCACAUGAAAACUUCCGGCGUGAAAUACGAAGUAGAUGCAAUUCAAGAUAUUGAGGAACAUUUGAGCAGAAGAAUUGGGGAACUCCUUUGA